AUGCAACUCCGGUCUUUCGUGCCCUUCCUCAUCUCGGGGGCCCUCGCAGGUUCCCAUUGUGCGGUCCCACGCGAUGGCCUCGGCACGAUUUCCUCGGAGAAGAUCCAGGGUGCGAGUAUUUCAUACAAAGAGGUACGUCCCAAUCUCCCCAACCGGUAUCAGAUGCUAACAGAUCAGACUUCCAUCUGCACCCUCGACGACAUCAACGCCUACACCGGCUACAUCCAUCUCCCCCCAAAACGCACCGACGCCCUCCCGCACUGGAGGAACCUCUUCUUCUACUAUGCCAAGUCUACCUCCAAGUCCAACGCACCGUUGGCCAUCUACCUCGGCGGCGGCCCCGGCGCAUCCUCCAUCGGCGCAAUGGCAACAGGAACGGGGCCCUGCAACGUAAACCCCGACUCAAACAGCACCUCGCCGAACCCGUGGUCAUGGACAGCGGAGUCGGAUAUCCUCUGGAUCGAUCAGCCGGUUCAAACGGGGUUCUCAUAUGAUGAGCUCACGCCUGCGAUGAUUGAUUACUUGACUAGUGCAAUUACGCCGAUCGAGGACGGGCAGGAUGUGCCGGCUGUCAACGCGACGUUUAAUGUCGGGGUCUUUGGGUCGCAGGAUUUCAAUGGGACGGCGAACUCGACCACGAAUGCGGCGGCUGAUAUGUGGGGGUUUCUGCAGGUUUGGUUGAAUGAAUUCCCCGAGUACAAAUCCCACGAGAAGAAUAACAUCCACAUCUGGACCGAAUCGUUCGGAGGCCGAUACGGCCCAGCGUUUACAUCCUACAUCCUGAACCAAAACGCCAAACCCCACAACGGCACAUUAGACGGAGUCUCGUCCCCCACGCAGAUCAAGGUCAAGACGCUCAGCAUCCACAACGGAUGUAGCGAUGUCAUCACCCAGGGCAACUUCUAUCCCGAGUUCGCCUAUAACAACACGUACAAUGUUCAAGCCCUCAACGAGGAGGAAUAUCUUCUGGCCAAGGAUAAUAUCGUCAAGGAGGGAGGUUGCUUCGAUCUUGUUGAGCAGUGUCACGCACUAGCCGAUGAACUGGAUCCAGAGAAUCUGGGGAAUAAUGCCGAGGUCAAUGCCGCGUGUCUUGCGGCUGAUAAUUACUGCUAUCUGAAUGUGCUUGGGCUUUAUGCUCUAUCUGGACGCGACGUGCAUGAUCUCGCUGCAAUUCCAACAACCACACACCCGGCCCCAUAUGCGGAUGGAUUCUUCAAUCGACAGUGGGUUCAAGAGGCGUUGGGGGGAAAGGUGAACUACACGAGCAACUCCAACGCCGUGUACAAUGCAUUCGGAAUGACCGGAAACGCCCUCAUCACUCGAACCAAGGCAAUGGACGAGUUUGCCUCGAUCAUGGCGCAGGGGGUCAAGCUUAAUCUUGUCUAUGGAGACCGAGACUACGUUUGCAAUUGGCUCGGUGGUGAGAAUGUCAGCCUCUCGAUCGACCAUAAAGAUGCCGCUGCGUUCCAUUCAAGCGGGUACGCCGAUUUGACCACGAACAGCACAUAUGUGGGUGGUGUCGUCCGCCAGCAGGGAAAUCUCUCGUUCACACGGGUCUUUGAGGCGGGGCAUGAAGGACCCUCCUACCAACCGGAAACAUUCUUCAGGCUGUUCUCCCGGAUUAUGCGCUCGAGGGACAUUGCAACGGGAGAGGUAUCCCUGGCAGGACCUGAAGGUGCCAAAUAUCGGACUCGCGGGCCUCUGUCGUCAUUCCACAUCAAGAACGUUCUCCCCGAGCCAGCAGUUCCCGUCUGCUACACUCUCAGUAUGGCGACAACGUGCACAGCGAAUCAGCAGGCGGCGUUGAUGAACGGGACAGCGGUCGUCGAGGACUUUGUCGUUCAGUGGCCGACGCUGUAA